GGCUCCGUUGCUGCAAGCUUCCAGAGGACGAGAUAUGGAGCCUUUACUCCAAGGGGUGGAAUGUUCGCCCGCUUGACGGGCUUAGGCAUGGUCCGAUCUUCCAGAAUAGCCGUUGCGACUGCGACAGGUCUCUUUACAUCAGUAGUGACUGUUCUGGUAUGGCUG